GCCGGUAAGUAAACUCACCAAACUGGGAGCACUGGGAGAGGAAGAUGAAGARGUGGCCCGAGAGAGACACCGGAUAGUCCAGGGCCUUGGCCAGGGGGACAUCCUGGAGCUCCGGCAGCUCACCAAGGUGUUUAAGAGGAAGCAGAAGCCGGCGGUGGAUCGACUGUGUGUCGGGAUCCCACCCGGAGAGUGUUUUGGGCUGCUCGGCGUGAACGGAGCCGGGAAAACGACCACCUUCAAGAUGCUGACRGGAGACACCAUCGUGACCAGCGGGGAGGCCUUCUUAGCCGGGAAGAGCAUCCUCAGGGAGAUCGACGAGGUCCACCAGAACAUGGGCUACUGUCCUCAGUUCGACGCCAUCAACGACCUGCUGACAGGAAGAGAGCACCUGGAGCUGUACGCCGUCCUCAGAGGUGUCCCUGAGCAGGACGUCUGCGACGUGGCAGAGUGGGGCAUCAGGAAGUUGAGUUUGCUGAAGUACGCAGACAAACGAGCAGGAAGUUACAGCGGGGGCAACCUGAGGAAGUUGUCCACUGCCAUCGCUCUGAUCGGAGCGCCACCAGUCGUCUUCCUGGACGAGCCCACCACCGGGAUGGACCCCAAGGCCCGCCGAGCCCUCUGGAACUGCAUCCACAGCAUCAUCAAGGAGGGACGCUCCGUUGUCCUCACGUCCCACAGCAUGGAGGAGUGUGAGGCUCUGUGCACCAGGAUGGCCAUCAUGGUGAACGGCAGGUUCAGAUGUCUCGGCAGCGUCCAACACCUGAAGAACAGGUUUGGAGACGGGUACACCAUCAUCCUGCGGGUGGCGGGACCCGACCCGGACCUGCAGCCCGUCAUGAAGUUCAUCGAGAGCGAGCUGAGCGGCAGCACGCUGAAGGAGAAGCACCGCAACAUGCUGCAGUACCAGCUGCCGUCCUCGCUCACCUCYCUCGCCCACAUCUUCUCCAUCCUCGGCAAGAACAAGGACACGCUCAGGAUCGAGGACUACUCCGUCACUCAGACCACGCUGGAUCAG